AUGAGCGAGAGGCGUCGUCGAAAUGUUAUCGUUACCGGAGCAAACGGAUACAUCGGCUCUGCAGUUUGCCGUGCAUUUGUUCGCGCUGGGUGGCAGACAUUUGGCCUUAUACGAAGACCUGAGGUUGCCGAGGAGUUAAUUCUUUCGGAAGCUAUCCCGGUGAUUGGGUCAUUCAGCGACCUUACGUUUCUGCAAAUUCUUUUCGAACAAGUCAAUACCUUCGAUGUCAUCGUCAGCUGCACCGAAAAGAUCACCGGCUACGCAGCACACUUCGAAGAAGUGGUCACUUGUGUUAGAGCACUCGCCAAAGAAAGUAACCAGAAUGGGACUCGUCCAUUAGUACUAUGGUCGUCUGGUUGCAAGGAUUAUGGCACCACGGGUCUCCAUGGUUCACCUGGCCUUGCCCCUCAUGACGAGAACUCGCCUUUGAACGCGCCGGAAAUCCUAAAGGAGCGUACGACAAACUGUCUCAGAAUAUUUGACGAUGUCAGUCUCUUUGACGCGGCAGUCAUUCGGCCAACUAGCGUCUUUGGAUAUUCGAGUAGUUACUAUGGUGCCAUAUUCGACUUUGUGGCUGAUCAGAAGAGAGAGGGCGCUGAGACACUGAGGAUCCCUGGCGACCCUAACAGUAUUAUGCACGCAACACAUGUCGAUGACUGUGCCGAGGCAUAUCUUGCUCUUGCAGAACACAGCGACCGAUCUGCCGUGGCUGGCCGGGCUUUCAAUAUCUCUGGAUAUCGAUAUGAAACUCUGAAGGAGGUCGCGACGUCUUUCGCUAAGGAAUAUGGCUUCAAGAAUGGCGUUGAGUUCGUGCCGGCCAGCGAAGCUGAGCCAUCAUUUCCUCCGCUGUUGCACCUUGCCUUCAGUUUCAGUCAGUGGGUUGGGAGCCAAAAACUUCGGUCUCUUUGCGGUUGGAAUGAUCGUCGGACAUUGUUUUCGGAGAGCAUCCACGUGCAUAGAUUGGCAUAUGAGACACUGAAGGAGCGUGGCCAUAGGAAUGUUGCAGAGAUUCAGAAGAGGAUUCAGGGCAACUAG